AUGGCGAUCAAGCACCUCGUUGCCCUUCUCUCCCUACUACCGGCGGAGGCCCUGACUGAGACCGUUCUGGGGGCCUACAUCUUCCACCGCCAUGGCGACAGGACGACAAAGUCAUGGCCGCCUACGUCUCUGACGGCUCUGGGCGCAGAUCAGGUCUAUGUCUCAGGUCAUUGGUACCGUAAUCGCUAUGUCGCGAGCAACAGCACCCACACGAUCUUGAACAUUGCCUCAGAUAUCGCCGUCCUGUCACAGAUGUCCAUAACUGCGCCAGUGGACAACGUCCUUCAGGCAUCGGCUGAGGUCUUCACCCAGGCCAUUUACCCCCCAGCCGGCAGUGCUGCCACCCAGACUUUGGCCAACGGACAGGAGGUCCAGGCUCCUCUGAACGGAUAUCAGUAUAUCCCCGUCAACAUCGUCAGCUCUGCUGCUAGCAGCUCGGGCGCUGAGGAUAAGCCAUGGCUGCAGGGCAGUUCUGGGUGCGCCAAGGCCGUCGUUAGCAGCAACGAGUACUUCUCGAGCUCCGAGUACCUCGAUCUCCUGGACCAGACCCGUGAUUUCUACCAGGAUCUGCUCCCCGUGUACAACACAACUUUUGAGUCAUCGGAGGCGACCUUCAAGAACGCCUAUGCUAUCUUUGACUAUGUCCACGUCUCGCAAAUUCACAACACGAGCAUCUCCAGUGAUGAUCUGCUCACAAACGACACCGUGGUCCAGCUUCAGACCUUGGCGAACAUCCACGAGCUGGGCCUUGCUUUUAACGAAUCCGAGCCUGUGCGAGCCAUCGCCGGUGCAGUCCUCGCCGCUCAGAUCCUGGGUGCCCUCAACGACACAAUGGAGUCCUCUCUGAAGAAAUCCUCGGCCGAGCGCUUCAAUGUGCAGUUCGGCGCUUACGCAACUUUCAUGUCCUUCUUCGGACUGUCGAAUCUCACCACCACAAGCGAGGACUUCAAAGGAAUCGUCGACUACGCCAGCUCAAUGACUUUCGAGCUGGUCACCAAUGCCACUGUCAAUGGGACCGAUGCCCCAACCACGGUGAACCCGGACGACGUCUCCGUGCGCUUCCUCUUCGCGAACGGCUCUGCUUCGGACUCGGCGCCGGCUCAGGAAUACCCGCUAUUUGGGCAGAGCGAGACAACGAUCCCUUGGAGUGACUUUGUGACGAACAUGCAGAGGUUCGCCAUCGGGGACACGCAGUCAUGGUGCACAGCCUGUGGCAACAGCACUGGUGUCUGCGCUUCGGCGUCUUCUUCCGGGUCGGGCUCAGACUCGGGAUCUGGAGCGUCUUCUUCCAGCUCAAAGUCUCGUCUCAGUGCAGGUGCCGCGGCCGCCGUGGGAGUUUGCUCGUUGCUCGGUCUCGUCUUGCUCCUGAUACUGGGGGCAGCACUUGCAGGCUUCAGAGUGGUGAAGAAGGGCAAGCGAUCUGUGGCAGAGCCGGCUCCGUCGACGGUGGAGGCUGGCAAGAAAGCUUAG